AUGUCCGUCGCCGGCGUGCCCCUCGCGCAGGCGCACGGAUGGGGAGAACGCGCGAUCGGCCUGGUCCAGUCAUCCUUCCUGUGGGGGUACAUGCUCACGCCCCUCCUCGGCGGCGUGCUGGCGGACAGGUACGGCGGCAAGGCGGUGCUCGGGGGGGGCAUACUGGUCUGGUCGCUCGCGACGAUGGCCACGCCGCUCGCCGCGGCGACGAGCCUCCCGGCGCUGCUUCUCACCCGCGCGGUCAUGGGCCUCGGGGAGGGCGUCGCGCUGCCGUGCAUGAACAACCUGACGGCGCGUUGGGUUCCCAAGGCGGAGCGGUCGCGAGCGGUCGCCGCGUGCAUGGGGGGAUUCCAGAGCGGUUCCAUGGUUGGCCUGCUCGCGGCGCCCGCCAUGCUCGCGUGGGGCGGCGUAUCCGGUCCUUUCGCGGUGUUCGGCCUCUCCGGGGUGCUCUGGGCGGUGGUGUGGGCGUUCGCCGCGACGACGUACCCGAGGGAUUCGCCGAGCGUGUCCCGACGCGAGCUGGCGUUGAUCGAGGACGGCGGGAGCGUGGCUGACUCGACCGGGAAGGAUGGGUUCGUGCCCGAGCCGACGCCGUUUCGGCUCCUGCUGAGCAAAGCCCCGGUGUGGGCGUGCAUCGUGGCCAACUUCGUCAACAACUGGGGAUACUUCAUCCUUCUGGCGUGGAUGCCCCUGUACUUCAAGCAGGUGAUGGGUUUGGAGCUCGCGAGGUCGUCGUAUUUCUCCGCGUUGCCUUGGGCGACCAUGGCGGCAUCCGGCGUGUUCGCGGGGACGCUCGCCGAUUCGCUCAUCGGGAGAGGCGUGUCGGUCACGACGGUGCGAAAGUUCAUCCAGGGCGUCGGUUUCAUCGGACCCGCGCUGAUGCUGGUGUUGCUGACGUUUCAGACGACCGCGAACGGCGCGCUCGCGGUCCUGACCGUCGCCGUCGGCUGCACCGCGUUCACGCAGGCGGGUUUCCUGGUCAACUUCCAGGAGAUUGGCCCGCGGUACGUGGGCGCGCUGCACGGCAUGGCCAACACCGCGGGCUCCUUCGCGGGGAUCGUGGGCACGUACAUGACGGGGGUGAUCUUAGAGAGCACGGGCUCGUGGCGCGCGGUGUUGUUCAUCACCGCGGGCGUUUACGCGUUCGGAGCGGCGACGUGGCUGGCGUUCAGCACGGGCGAGAGGGUCUUUGACUGA